AGCUUAGGCUCCAGACACAGGAAGUCAGGCGGGCAGGGCUGGAAUCUGCGGAGCUGCUGCUUUACCAAUAAACUAUGUAACAAAAUGUCCCCUGGUCGUGUGAUCCUUUCUCUACACACAAACUGGAGCUGAACUGGUUACUGAUUGACUGCAGCCAGGGACGGUGGUGUAUACACAGAGGAGCCAGGCUGCAGUGACUGUCAGGAUCCUGUCCCACCAUGGCCUCUGCUGCAUGUUACCUGGGGUUUGACUUCAGCACUCAGCAGCUAAAGGUUAUUGCUGUUAAUGAACAACUGCAAGUUGUCUACGAGGACAAUGUUCACUUUGAUAAAGAUCUUCCUGAAUUUGGAACGCACGGAGGGGUUCACGUCCAUAGUGACAAGCUGACGGUAACGUCACCAGUGUUAAUGUGGGUGAAGGCACUAGACUGUAUCCUGGAUAGAAUGAAGUCAUCUGGGUUCAACUUCUCCACAGUGAAAGCUUUGUCGGGGACUGGCCAGCAACAUGGCAGUGUUUAUUGGAGAGAAGGCUUCAGGGCAGUCUUAUCUAAUUUACCACCUGAGCUGCCACUGCACGUGGUGUUGCAGUCUUGUUUUUCUGUCAGUGACAGCCCUGUCUGGAUGGACUCUAGUACAAGGGCUGAAUGUGACCAUCUUGAAAAAUCUGUUGGUGGUCCACAAGUAUUGGCUAAUAUUACGGGAUCCCGGGCUUAUGAGCGUUUUACAGGUAAUCAAAUUGCUAAAAUAUAUAAACAGAAACCAAGAGAAUACUUAGAAACCGAGAGAAUUUCUUUGGUCAGCAGUUUUGCAGCAUCACUGUUUAUUGGAGAUUGUGCGCCUAUUGAUUACAGCGAUGGUUCUGGAAUGAAUUUACUAGACAUUCAUGACAAGACUUGGAAUGAGAAGUGUCUUAAUGCAUGUGGCCCUCACCUCAAAGAGAAGCUGGGGGCCGUUGUUCCAUCCUGUUCCGUACUGGGGCCUGUGUCCACAUAUUACGUUCAGCGCUAUGGGUUUAGCCAUGAUUGCAGUGUUGUUGCGUUCACUGGAGAUAACCCAGCUUCUCUGGCUGGAAUGAGACUGAAAGAAGGAGAUAUAGUGGUCAGCCUCGGAACUAGCGACACCCUAUUCCUUUGGAUCCAACAACCCACCCCAUCUUUGGAGGGUCAUAUAUUCAUAAACCCAGUGCAUUCUCAAGACUAUAUGGCUCUGUUAUGUUUUAAGAAUGGUUCCCUGAUGAGAGAGAAAAUCAGAGACGAUUGUUCAUCUGGCUCCUGGGAAGAGUUUUCUAAAAUGUUAAGAUCAACCCCCAUUGGAAACAAUGGCCAGAUAGGAUUUUAUUUUGAUGUAAUGGAAAUCACUCCGCAGGCUCUUGGCGUUUACAGGUUCAAUGCCGAAAAUCAAAAGGUGACUGAAUUCCCAAAAGAUGUGGAAAUCCGAGCUGUAAUUGAGGGGCAGUUUAUGGCUAAGAGGGUUUACGCUGAGCGCCUUGGGUAUAAAAUAAUGCCACAAACAAGGAUAUUGGCCACAGGAGGAGCUUCAUGCAAUCAAGAUAUUUUACAGGUUUUGUCAGAUAUUUUCAAUGCUCCAGUGCACACUCUUGCCACCUCGAACUCUGCCUGUCUAGGAUGUGCAUAUCAAGCGGCUCAUGGACUAGCUAUGCAUUCAUCACCCUUGUCCGGUACAGAUGUCUUCAAACCGGCUGAACACAGAUUAGUAGUAACCCCAAGACCAGAUGCAGAAAAGAUUUACCAGCCUUUAAUGAAGCGCUAUGCAGAAUGUGAGAGUGCAGUGAUUCAGGAGUCCAAGAACAUGUAAUUAUGUCGGAUAUGGAUGAAAAUAAGAAUAUAAGCAUUCCCCUAAGCAAAUGUGAAAUGAAAGCUGAAAUGAAUAAAGAACAUGCAAAGGUUAA